AUGUACGCAAUAGUUGAUGUAUUCACACAGUUCUUCCCACAACUCAGCGAGCUAGUUUUACCAUCUAUCUACGAACAGUUCGCCGUUUGUAUACAACAGAAAAACGAGCAGCUAGCACGAUCUACGGUUAACUGUUUGGAGACUCUGAUUUUGCUCAAUGGCGAACGAUUCACCGAUGACAUGUGGGAGAAAACGGUCAAACUUUUCCGACGUCUUUUUGCAGCUACACUACCGAAAUCCCUGUUGACUUGGGAACCAGAUCGACCUGCUUCGGGUGCUGUAAAUGACUCAAACAACGAGGAGCUUGAUGGCAAAGUUCCGAGCAUUGACGGACGACCUAAUGGGUCAAUCCAUCCCGACGCUGUGUUCUCUGAACAAAUUGUUUUCUGUGUAGUGCAGUCAGAACUGGUGGAUGCGGUUACGUCUAUAGUUCUAGGAGCGAAGAAAAGCACAGAUGAAAUAGUUCUGAGCAUACCAGCGAUGAAGUCUGAACAGCCCAAUGGUUCAGACUACAAUAACACUGUCAGCAAAGGUUUGUUCAGUACCAUGGAUCCCAUUCUUUUACUGAGCCUUUGCGAUGCAUUGGGAGAGAGCCAGCGAUUAGCAAAGCAGUUCAACGACAACAAUGGACAGAGGACAUUGUUAUGGAAGGCUGGCCUUCGCGGUUCGAGCAAGCCCAAUUUGAUAAGAAAUCUCAAAAUUGAGUUUUUGCCCGGACACUGCCUUCAAAUCUAUUCUUGUUUUUCUCAGAAAAAGGAAUGGAUGAUGACAACUUGUAACCACGCAAUGUACGCAAUAGUUGAUGUAUUCACACAGUUCUUCCCACAACUCAGCGAGCUAGUUUUACCAUCUAUCUACGAACAGUUCGCCGUUUGUAUACAACAGAAAAACGAGCAGCUAGCACGAUCUACGGUUAACUGUUUGGAGACUCUGAUUUUGCUCAAUGGCGAACGAUUCACCGAUGACAUGUGGGAGAAAACGGUCAAACUUUUCCGACGUCUUUUUGCAGCUACACUACCGAAAUCCCUGUUGACUUGGGAACCAGAUCGACCUGCUUCGGGUGCUGUAAAUGACUCAAACAACGAGGAGCUUGAUGGCAAAGUUCCGAGCAUUGACGGACGACCUAAUGGGUCAAUCCAUCCCGACGCUGUGUUCUCUGAACAAAUUGUUUUCUGUGUAGUGCAGUCAGAACUGGUGGAUGCGGUUACGUCUAUAGUUCUAGGAGCGAAGAAAAGCACAGAUGAAAUAGUUCUGAGCAUACCAGCGAUGAAGUCUGAACAGCCCAAUGGUUCAGACUACAAUAACACUGUCAGCAAAGGUUUGUUCAGUACCAUGGAUCCCAUUCUUUUACUGAGCCUUUGCGAUGCAUUGGGAGAGAGCCAGCGAUUAGCAAAGCAGUUCAACGACAACAAUGGACAGAGGACAUUGUUAUGGAAGGCUGGCCUUCGCGGUUCGAGCAAGCCCAAUUUGAUAAGAAAUCUCAAAAUUGAGUUUUUGCCCGGACACUGCCUUCAAAUCUAUUCUUGUUUUUCUCAGAAAAAGGAAUGGAUGAUGACAACUUGUAACCACGCAAUGUACGCAAUAGUUGAUGUAUUCACACAGUUCUUCCCACAACUCAGCGAGCUAGUUUUACCAUCUAUCUACGAACAGUUCGCCGUUUGUAUACAACAGAAAAACGAGCAGCUAGCACGAUCUACGGUUAACUGUUUGGAGACUCUGAUUUUGCUCAAUGGCGAACGAUUCACCGAUGACAUGUGGGAGAAAACGGUCAAACUUUUCCGACGUCUUUUUGCAGCUACACUACCGAAAUCCCUGUUGACUUGGGAACCAGAUCGACCUGCUUCGGGUGCUGUAAAUGACUCAAACAACGAGGAGCUUGAUGGCAAAGUUCCGAGCAUUGACGGACGACCUAAUGGGUCAAUCCAUCCCGACGCUGUGUUCUCUGAACAAAUUGUUUUCUGUGUAGUGCAGUCAGAACUGGUGGAUGCGGUUACGUCUAUAGUUCUAGGAGCGAAGAAAAGCACAGAUGAAAUAGUUCUGAGCAUACCAGCGAUGAAGUCUGAACAGCCCAAUGGUUCAGACUACAAUAACACUGUCAGCAAAGGUUUGUUCAGUACCAUGGAUCCCAUUCUUUUACUGAGCCUUUGCGAUGCAUUGGGAGAGAGCCAGCGAUUAGCAAAGCAGUUCAACGACAACAAUGGACAGAGGACAUUGUUAUGGAAGGCUGGCCUUCGCGGUUCGAGCAAGCCCAAUUUGAUAAGAAAUCUCAAAAUUGAGUUUUUGCCCGGACACUGCCUUCAAAUCUAUUCUUGUUUUUCUCAGAAAAAGGAAUGGAUGAUGACAACUUGUAACCACGCAAUGUACGCAAUAGUUGAUGUAUUCACACAGUUCUUCCCACAACUCAGCGAGCUAGUUUUACCAUCUAUCUACGAACAGUUCGCCGUUUGUAUACAACAGAAAAACGAGCAGCUAGCACGAUCUACGGUUAACUGUUUGGAGACUCUGAUUUUGCUCAAUGGCGAACGAUUCACCGAUGACAUGUGGGAGAAAACGGUCAAACUUUUCCGACGUCUUUUUGCAGCUACACUACCGAAAUCCCUGUUGACUUGGGAACCAGAUCGACCUGCUUCGGGUGCUGUAAAUGACUCAAACAACGAGGAGCUUGAUGGCAAAGUUCCGAGCAUUGACGGACGACCUAAUGGGUCAAUCCAUCCCGACGCUGUGUUCUCUGAACAAAUUGUUUUCUGUGUAGUGCAGUCAGAACUGGUGGAUGCGGUUACGUCUAUAGUUCUAGGAGCGAAGAAAAGCACAGAUGAAAUAGUUCUGAGCAUACCAGCGAUGAAGUCUGAACAGCCCAAUGGUUCAGACUACAAUAACACUGUCAGCAAAGGUUUGUUCAGUACCAUGGAUCCCAUUCUUUUACUGAGCCUUUGCGAUGCAUUGGGAGAGAGCCAGCGAUUAGCAAAGCAGUUCAACGACAACAAUGGACAGAGGACAUUGUUAUGGAAGGCUGGCCUUCGCGGUUCGAGCAAGCCCAAUUUGAUAAGGUCGGUUCCUAUAUUACAUUAUUUUAUACGAUUCGUUUCUAUUGCUUCUCUGCAUUUUGUCAUUUACUGCCUAUAGAG